AUCCGCGCAGGGAGUGCUCCCCCUGGUGGGAAGGGAGUGUGAGCACAACGAGUGUGAACACAACGAGUGUGUGCUCUGCUCUGUGCGUUCGCGCGGCGAUGCCUUUCGGCGGACAUCGCCGCCGUUUCUCUCAGCCUUCUCCCGCUCUCUUCUUCCUCCAGUAACAAGGGCACGACGUACGUGGCGUACAGGCCAGGCAGGGCAGGGCAGGCAAGGCAGGCAGGGCAGGCAGGGAUCUCCAGAGGCGAUGCACCCCACGCGGACUCCCCUUCUUCUCCUCCUCAUCGUCGUGGCAUCGAUCAGCUCGCCGAGCGCAACCAGCCGAGGACCGGGGGUUGCCGGCGGCCUGGGCCAGGGCCUGGGCAGCUACAUCCGGCGCUACGAGGGCCUCUCCUACGACACGGAGGACGUCCACACGCAGCACGAGCGCGUCCGGCGCGCCGCCCUGGGCCGGCAGACGGCGCAGCUGAGCAUCCGCUUCUCGGCGUACGGACGGUCCUUCCACCUGCGGCUGCGGCGAGACUCCUCCCUCUUUGUGGACGACUUCCGGGUGGAGACGAGCGGCGCGGUGGAGACGUACGACACGUCGCACAUCUACACGGGCUCGCUGCACGGCGAGCCGGGAUCGUGGUGCCACGGCUCGGUGCUGAGCGGGCGCUUCGAGGGCGUCGUGACGACCGGCACGGACGGCACCUUUUACGUGGAGCCGGCGGAGCGCUACCCGGAGACAGGCGCCACCACCGCCACCACCGCCACCACCGCCACCACCGCCACCACCGCCACAACCACCACCGCCGCCACCACCGCUGCCACCACCGCCGCCGCUGCCACCACCGCACCCUUCCAUUCCGUCAUCUACCACGAGGACGACAUUGACGGCCCCCGCGACCACAGCGGCGGCCGCGGGGAGGGUGGCGGCUGCGCCAGUGGUGCAGUCUUCCAGCGCAUGGCCGCGUUCCAGCGCCGCGCGGGGCACGCGGAAGAUGACGACGGAGCCCGCGACGAGAGCGGCGGCGGCGGCGGUGGCGGUGCUGCGGUGCGUGGCACACGCAGCGUCCCGGGGGACAGGAACACGUGCCUCCUCUUCAUCCAGGCCGACCACUUCUUCCACAAGUUCUACGGCAGCCUCGAGGCCGUCAUCGCACAGAUUGCGAGCCACGUGAGGGCGAUCGACAGCAUCUACCAGAACACCAACUUCAACGGAAUCCGGGGCAUCAACUUCAUGGUGAAGAGGGUCCGGAUCAACGGCACGGAGGAGGAGCGCGACCCCACGAACCCGUUCCGCUUCGCCAACAUCGGCGUCGAGAAGUUCCUGGAGCUCAACUCGGAGCAGAACCACAACGACUACUGCCUCGCCUACGUCUUCACCGACCGCGACUUCGACGACGGCGUCCUCGGCCUCGCGUGGGUCGGCGCGCCCGCCGGGAGCUCGGGCGGCAUCUGCGAAAAGAACAAGCUGUACUCGGACGGGAAGAGGAAGUCGCUGAACACGGGCAUCAUCACGGUGAAGAACUACGGAGCGCACGUGCCUCCUAAGGUGUCGCAUAUCACCUUCGCCCACGAGAUCGGCCACAACUUCGGCUCGCCGCACGACUCGGGCCUGGAUUGCACCCCGGGGACGUCGCUGAGCCCCGACGCCAAGGAGCGCGGGAACUUCAUCAUGUACGCACGCGCCACCUCGGGCGACCGGCCCAACAACAACCGCUUCUCGCCGUGCAGCAUGCGCAACAUCAGCCUCGUGCUCGCCUCCAAGCGCCACCACUGCUUCGUCGAGUCUGGGAACCCCAUCUGUGGGAACGGCAUCGUGGAGGAGGGAGAGGAGUGCGACUGCGGCUACCGGGACCAGUGCCGUGACCAGUGCUGCCACAAUGCUGACGAGGAGCAGAGCAAGCGGUGCCGUCUGAGACCCGGCAUGCAGUGCAGCCCCUCCCAGGGUCCGUGCUGCACGCGGCAGUGCCGCUACCGCGGUGCCGCCGAGACGUGCCGCAACGCGUCGGAGUGUGCGCUGGACGGGCGCUGCGACGGGCGCUCCGCCCCGUGCCCGCCGUCGCCCCCGCGCACCGACUUCACCGUGUGCAACGCGGGCACGCAGGUGUGCCUCAAGGGGCUGUGCGAGGGCUCCAUCUGCGAGCGCUACGGCCUGGAGGAGUGUGCCUGCGCCAACGCCGACGACCAGGAGCUCUGCCACGUGUGCUGCAUGGAGCGGGGCAAUGGCGACUCGUGCUCCAGCACAGGCUCGGACAGCUGGCACCGCUUCUUCUCGGGCCACGUGGUGACGCUGCAGCCGGGCGCCGCCUGCAACGACUUCCGCGGCUACUGUGACGUGUUCUCGCGCUGCCGCCUCGUCGACGCCGAUGGCCCCCUGGCGCGCCUCCGCAAGGCCAUCUUCGACCCGCAGCUCUACGAGACCAUCGCCGAGUGGAUCGUCGCCUACUGGUGGGCCGUGCUACUGAUGGCGCUGGCGCUGGUGCUACUCAUGGCGGCGUUCAUCCGCGUGUGCAGCGUCCACACCCCCACCAGCAACCCCACGCUGCCCCGGCACAAACCACUGCCAGGGACCCUCAAGAGGAACCGCUCCGCCGCCAAGACGGCCAAGCCGACGGCCCGGCCAGCGGACGCCAUCGAGAUGGGACGACGGACGUAGCACUUCUUCUCUCUCCCUCCUUCUCCCCCGCAGUGUCUUCCUCCUCUCUGCCGUUCUCACGACGUCUCCCUAACCUCUUGCCGCCUCCUCUACCCCUCCUCCCUCUACAUUCUCUAUCUUCUCCUCGUCGAGUCCGCCCCUCAUCUCCCCUUUUCCUCUCCCCACAAAGCCUUCCUCUCUCUCCCUCCCGGUCUCCCCCCCCCCUCCCCCCCUCCCCCCACCCCUCUUCACCAGCUGUCUAAGCAGCGUCGCCUCUCAGGACCUCACAUCGGGUGCAAGCAGCAACGUGCGCUCGCAAACGGAGGCACGGGCCCGGCCGCCCGGUCCUCGGGGAGUCUCAGGAGCUCAGGGUGUCACAGUUGGAUUCCGUCACGGGGUUUUAUCGCGAAUACCCCUCCCCCCCCCACCCCCUCGUUACCUUGCCCGCGCGCCUGUGACCGAGCACCUUUUGAGGCAGGGUUGGUGGACCGUGAAGGGAUUGCGGUGUGCGAGAGACACCACCCCCCCUCCCCCUUCCCUCUCCCAAGCCUACACAGGCGAUGGGGGUGGUGGAAGUACAGGAUGUAGGUUGUUGCCUCUGGAGGCUCCGGGUUUACCUCCCACGCGAAUAAUCUUGAAACGAACGCACAAACUCGACGCAUUCGUCAGUAACACUCGCCCGUGCGUGUGUGGCCCUGACAAGUAAAAGAUAGAAUUUUUUUUAGAGCCAGCGUUUCGGGCAUGGGCGCUUCUUCAGAGCCAGGGGGAUUAUCCGCCGGUGUUAUUGACGUGGAUGCGUUGAGUUGUUGUUGAUGUUGUUGGUGGUGUUUAUGGCAGCCACUGCCAACAACAGUUCACGUCAUCCCUGUUAUUGUCCACUCCGGAGGCUCAGUCUCGUACGCCUCUUACGGGCCCACGAUGCACAAUGGGAAAGAGCACAGAUUUUGUUUUUAUUUAAAGCAAAAAACUUUACAUUUCAUUCCCUAUACUGUUUAUACUUUAACAUACACACAAAGACACACACAUGCUAUAUCACCUACCCCAAACAUUCCUCAUGGCACUGGUGAGAUUUUUAAGGGAAAAUCCAUUAUGGAGAAGGAGAGGGGGGGGUAGAGGAGAUUGUAGGGAAGUUCCCACGUGUUAUUGACCUUGAAAUCCAACUUCUCCCUCCAAGCAAACACGGAGGUGGUACAUUCCACACUCUUAUGACCAAUUAUUUCAUGCCCUAAUAUGGGUGACCGGUCACGUGUUGAAAUUACCACGUAUUAUGGCCGAGUCUUUUUUUGUCUUAGGAAGAGGCAACUUUUCUCAUGAAUUGGAUGAAUACCAUCUGUGGUUGGCGUGGGGUUUGCAGGUGGCCAAUUACAAAUUGUCAGUGCGGCAAUGGAUUAUUGAAUCCAUCUGUGUGGAGCUUCCACUGUCGCCUUCCUAACCACCGCCGCCAGCACCUCGUAUGCAUGGGUUUUCUGCGGGUGCUUUGGUUGGCUCGCACACGGAGCCAGUCUCUAAAUAACGUGCGACUCUGUGAGGUUUUUUUUUGUUUGUUAGACAAAUGAAGGAUUCGUUAUUAAUAUUAUUGCGCGUGUGUGCGUGCGUGCUGGCGUCAGUCUAAAUCGCAACACUGAGACUGAUCUCUUUUUUAUCGAGGGUUGUGUUUUUAAAUCAAUAAUUUCUUUGGAGGAUAGUUAUUAGUUAUUUACAAAAGUCGAGCCAUGCUUAAGCGAGCGUAUUUACAGAAUGUGACAUGUUUACACGAGCCUGACGGGUUUGGUUUUGUUUUCGCUUUUUAAACGAGCCUCACACGCGCUACAGCACAGCACGGUAUUGUUGGAAGCGAUUUCUUCGGUUUUUUUUUUCCCCCCGCGGCUAUCUCACAUAGGGGGGCGGAAAAAGGUCCCUUCCCGGGAAGCAACGUGGCCCCACGUUGGGCCAGCGUCAUCGGCGUUUGGCCGUGGAACCGUCGGAGCGAACGUUGCCCGGCCGACCUGCCUGACGUUCCUACGCUUUUACCGGGUUGGUACGGUGGAGCAAAAUUUGACGUCGGCGCGUGGCAGGAACGGCCACGGACGACAUUACCGUAGCAAUAAUGGGGGUGAAGCUGUGUCCCGACGCAGGACGCCCGCCCGCCCGCCAGCCAGCCAGCCAGCCGGCAGCCUAAUGUAUCACGCAAAAAUGUCAUCGGUGCACGUAGCAUCACAGCCCUUAAACUCCCACGUCUUGUGUGACUUGGUUUAGCCCCGGGUGAGAACUCGGGAGAGAGACCGGAUUAGUCGAAUUUUGCAGAGUGUGCCAGUGGUAAUCCCAAUUUUCAGGGUAAUUGGCAAACGUUGCACACAAUGCCCUACUCGCAAAAUGGCCUGCUCUUUGCGAAUAACGUCGGGGGUUCUGGGAUGUGAGGAUAUUGAUCGUCCGCUGCGAAACACACAGCGCAGAGUAGUAUUACUACGGUUGUUAUUACUAUCACCGGUAUUAAAGUAUUAAACGGGGCGGCCGCUGGAUUUUCGAACCGUGAGCCUCUGCGAAUGGCGGGGAACCCAGCGCCACACUGCUGGACCGCGCCACCGCCACCAACACCGCCGCCCACGUCGGAGGGCUUUAGGAUCAAUCGUAAAAAAACACAAUAUUUCAACAUUUAGGCCUAAUUUGCGUUGCACGGUCGUUCCCGCCGGAGUCGUAGGGCCAAAAAUGUCGUACCGGUGUCAACCGUGGCUCGCCCAAUCGCCAACCAUGAUUUUUUUUUCCAUAACAGAGGUUUUUGGGUUACAUCACGUAAAUAUAAAUGUCGUUAAACCUGCUACCACCCGACACAGCCAAUUAGUUACGUUUGUCAAGUAGCGGGUUUCACGACAUUUAUAUAUACGUGAUCUAACCCAAAAACCUCUCGUGGAUAAUAUUGGUUGCAAAAGCCCUACUACUAUUACGUGUUAAACUGAAUCUUUUUUUUUCAAACGAUUUUCUCUACAGAUCGCGCAUGUGUCUCUACAGAUCGCCCAUGUGUCUCGUAGCAAAGGCCACGUGGUAGGUCUCUCUUUGAUGAAAAUGUUGUUUGGUUAAUUAAAGGGUAUCGUAGUGAGUUUGAUGAGGAUUUUUUAAAAUAUAUAUUUGUUUCAUUGAAGAAGAAAAAAAACCCCAAUGUUAGAAUGAAGCAUCUUACGGAGUGUGAAAAUAAAGAUGACGUCCGUAAAUUUAAAAAAAAACAGAUGGCACGCGCACUGCGAAGCUUGCCCGCUAAACAUUCAAACAAUUUCGGGUCUGAACAUCAACCGACGCUGGCCUAACGUUUGCACGUUUACUGGGUUGUCCGCCGACGCUGAUACGCACCGGUGAGCGUUUGCCACCACAAGUGGUGUCCACCGAUCCCAACCCCCCUUGUCUCACGUGGGGAGCGGCAGCACAGCAACUGGCGCUCCGCGCUGCGAACCCGGCCACCCGGUUCCCGCUCGCGGCCACCAGCACCAGUGUCUGAACCAGUCCUUGGCCACCCCUAGGUCGACUCGGCCUCCAAUGAGUGCCUGGAGCGGGGUGUGGUAAACAUCGCCACUGGGGAGACGAAGACGGCCGGGCGUGGUGCUGAGCACCCACCCGCUUCGUGAACCCGUUCCGGCCUUCGCAGGUGCUGCUCGCUAACGGCACUUGCCCCUAGAGUCUGUUCACGCCACGCGGGGCGAUCUCCGUCUUCGCACCGCACCCCACGCGUUGGUUGACUUGCAGGCUCGCGUCGUCUCACCACCGAGGCCCCGCUUGGCCUGUGUGCCAUCGCUGUUGUCCAUAAAGACGGCGAAGACGAAAGAGCAAACUCGACCGCUCCGUUUGCUGCACCAUUUCGGCUCGCGGAUGCCACGAACGGGCUUGCGUCGGUGACGUUCGUGGCAAUUUCUCUUGUUGUUGUUGUCGUUAGGUUGUAAUUUGUUUUCCCGCCGUGAAUUUAAUAAAGAGCUCUUCGGUG